CCUGCGAGAGAAUGAAAUGUCAAUCGAAUUGUAUAUCAUUUUCACUUAAGAUUGUCGAGUUAUGUGCACAAUCACGACAAAUCAGAUGAGGAGUGAGAUCACGCGUGGGUUUUCCUCGUCGUCGAACAAACCUUCGUUAAACCAUGCUAAAGCUCAACAAAUUCCUAGCUAAGGUUACACGCGGAUUCGUGCAGUGUGCAUGCGUGACGUACUGCGUGUACGAGUACGUAGGGGACAUCGUCGUGUGCACCGGUCCGUCGAUGGAACCUACGUUAUACACCGAUGACGUAUUGCUCAUGGAACGAAUAUCAGUUAGAUUAGAGAGAUUCGAUAAAGGCGACAUCGUUAUUUCCAAGUGCCCUACUAAUCCAAAGCAGAAUAUAUGCAAGCGGAUUGUAGGCCUGCCUGGUGACAAAAUCAGAAAUGGUUCAAAUGUGACAACGGUACCUUAUGGACAUGUCUGGUUAGAAGGCGACAAUAGCAGCAAUUCUACUGACUCCAGAACGUAUGGGCCGGUUCCUCAGGGGUUGUUGCGUGGACGAGCUGUGUGCAAAAUACUUCCACUGAGAGAAAUAACUUUGUUCACGACGAAAUGUAUUACAUAAAUUAAUUUGUAUAUAAUAGAAAUACAUAUAAUUUUACCAA